UGCUGUGGUUGGUGUUGGCAGUGAUUCGAGUGUUGGUGUCACCGGGAGAGGGGAUCAUGCUGAAAUUCUGGACUCUCCUUAUUGCAUAUUCCCUGAUCAUUUGUCAGGUGUGUGCCUCAGAGGCAGCUCCUUCCAGAACUGUUAAGCAGUCCAUAUGGGACAGAAUCACGUUAUUUAAUGAUGAAAGUCAGAAGUUACUCAGAGUGAUCAAAGAGUUCCUGCAAACAGCUGCAGAGGAGCAGGAGAACCACACAGCUGAUCGAAACAGCAAUCCCAUAGCACAGAAGCGAGCAUGCAACACUGCCACCUGUGUGACCCACCGCCUGGCCGACUUCCUGAGCCGGUCGGGGGGGCUGGGCUACAGUAAUUUUGUACCCACCAAUGUGGGGGCCAAAGCGUUUGGCAGACGGAAGCGAUGGGACUCUGUUUCAACGCCAUAGCAGACACAAGCUGCACCAUGGACACAGUGUCGGAUUGCAAAUCUUAUUCUGUGGUGCCAACUCCUAACAGCACCGGUGACCAACAUCGCUGUCUUGUGCCUUGAUGUACAUCGUGUCAUUAAAGUGGACAAUGGAAAUGUGAAGAAACAUAUUUGUGAAUCUAUAUAGUAUUUACUGUCAACUGAAAGCUGUAAUAAACUGUAUUUUAAUUACA